UUGUUACUUUGCGUUAACGCCAAAUGUAAACAAAAAAUUCUUUCCAGAGAGAGAAACUAAACGCUCUUCUACGUUCGAACCGAUAUUUCCCCCUAAGAUAUUCCUCCACAGCACCAAAAACCAAUCGGAAGAAUCACCGCAGCAAUCCGCCACAUCAGGCUUUAUAUUGAGGAAUGGAGGGAGUAGGGGCUAGGUUCGGGCGGUCCUCAUCUAGAUACGGCCCCGCCACUGCCACCGUCUUCACGGGGCCAGUCCGUAAAUGGAAGAAAAAGUGGGUCAAUGUGCCGCCCUCCAAUUCCAACCAAACGGCAACAAACGGCAUCGUUAAUGGCAGUAAUGGCUCCUCCCACCUCUUGCUCUACAAGUGGACCCCGAUUACUCACAGCCAAAAGAAAGACAGUAAUGAUACUAACAGCAGCGAUAACAGUAACGGCAAUGAUGACACCAAGAAUUCCAAUAUAGACGACUCCAUUGUUGUAAAGGAGCCGCCCAAACGUAAAUUCAAGUAUAUUCCGAUUGCCUUGCUGGUAGAACAAAAGAAUGAGUCCUCAGAAGAGACUGAGGAUGAAGCUAAACCAAUUGAAACUGACACAAAUACAGUGGAUGGAACCUCCCAGACUGAUGGCCGUUUAGUAAAGCCUGACAUUAAUGAUGUACCAAUGGAUGAAAGUCAGAUAAGCCGCUGUAGUAGUUUUGGAUAAGCGUUGUAAUUGAACUCUUCAAUUGUGCUCCUAUAUCAGGGCCUCCAGAUUAAUCCUGUUGGACGGCAAGAUCUGAAUGAAAGCACACUGGACUUGAGUUUGGGUUAAAAGACUCUUGAUGGUCAAAGUGGAUCCAACUUAAAAAGGCAGAGAAAAUUAAAGACAAUCCAAUUGACAAGAGUGAAUUCCAGCAACACUGGCGUGUUUUAUAGCACUCGCAAAGUACCUAUAUUUUUUCUUUGGCUUUUCAUGCAGCAGGUUGCUUAAAAGUUAAAUUCAACCUGCUUAUGCUUGUUGAGGCAUUGCAAUCUAUACCCUUAUUUUCUUUGAGGUACCAUAAUUUUUUAUUUUGAUUUCCAGAUUUUAGUUUAUUA